UUUUCUUUUCAUUUUCUUUUUUUUUUUUUUUUUUUCAAGAAACAAGCACUUUUUUGCUCGCUUGACGGUUACCGCUGCUGGAGGAAGGUUUAGUGAAGAGGAGGAAGAGAAAUCUCAGGGGUGGAAAACCCAUCAGUGGGACUCUGGCAGCCCACCAGAACCCGGGGAUCACAACAAUUAACAGGUUACCUUAAUGCCCACCAUUAUCCCAACCUGGAAGCAGUGAAGUGGUGGUAAAUUAUGACUUGCAGUCAAUCAUCAUAAUGCCAAUUCAGUGGUCGUAAGAAACGUCAAUCAAAUGAUCUGGAUGAUAGAAGACCAAUAGGGAUGGAACGCAACAGAACCAUGGCUGGGGAAGCGUUUCGGCUCCUUGUUGCUCAGAAUCAACACUGACCUGACGUCCCACACCGAGGGGCCCGGCCUCCUUUUCUCCAGCACCCCAAGGACCCUUCUUUCCCCCAGCAACUGCUUUGCCUUCCAUCUCACCUUCGCUCUUGAUCAGACCUCUGUAAAAGCUCCUUUUAGUCUUUCAGGGUCUGCCUGCUUUUGUUUUUAAUCCCCCUCUUAUGCUUUACCUUCCAGAGUGUUGGUCAUAAUCCCUAUUCUCUCCCAAAAAAUAAGACUGAAGUGCUCCAAAACAGACUAGAAGCAGGUGGCUGAACAGUAUGAAUCCAGUCAUGUACCCCCUUCCACUUGCUCUGAGUAAACAAAGGCGGCGGGGUUUGUUGUCCAGGACGCGGCCCCUUAGUCUCAUGACAGACUGGUGCCUAAUGGGUGCGCUAGGCCUCAUCCUCCUCUUCAGCCUGGCCUCGAGCCAGAAGAUAGACCCUUCCAAACACCCCAUAGUCACCACCAACUACGGCAAGAUCCGAGGUAUCAAGAAGGACUUAAACAAUGAGAUCCUGGGCCCCGUGGAGCAGUACCUGGGCGUCCCCUACGCCACGGCGCCCAUCGGCGACCGCCGCUUUCAGCCGCCCGAAGCCCCGGGAUCCUGGCAGGAGAUCCGCAACGCCACGCAGUUUGCCCCCGUGUGCCCACAGAACGUCCACGGCGUGCUGCCGGAGAUUAUGCUGCCCGUGUGGUUCACAGACAACCUGGACGUGGCGGCGGGAUACAUCCAGAACCAGAGCGAGGACUGCCUCUACCUGAAUGUCUACGUGCCCACGGAGGAUGGUCCGCUCACAAAAAAACAUGAUGAAUCUUCAAUGAACAAGCCUCGAGACGAAGAUAUCCGUGACCGCAGGAAGAAGCCGGUGAUGCUGUUUAUUCACGGAGGCUCCUACAUGGAGGGAACCGGAAACAUGUUUGAUGCCAGCGUCCUGGCGGCCUACGGCAACGUGAUCGUGGUGACCAUGAACUACCGGCUCGGUGUGCUCGGCUUCCUCAGCACCGGUGAUCAGUCGGCUAAGGGGAACUACGGCCUGCUGGACCAGAUUCAGGCCCUGCGUUGGCUCAACGAGAACAUUGGCCACUUCGGCGGAGACCCAGAGAGGAUCACCAUCUUCGGCUCAGGAGCUGGGGCGUCCUGCGUCAACCUCCUCAUCCUCUCGCACCACUCGGAGGGUCUGUUCCACAGGGCCAUAGCCCAGAGUGGAACUGCCAUCUCCAGCUGGUCUGUCAACUACCAGCCCCUCAAGUACACCAAGAUCCUGGCCCGGAAGGUAGGCUGCACCUACACGGAGACGGCUGACCUGGUCGACUGCCUGAGGCGUAAGAACUUCCGGGAGCUGGUGGACCAGGACAUCCAGCCGGCGCGCUACCACAUCGCCUUUGGCCCCGUGGUGGACGGAGACGUGGUGCCCGACGAUCCGGAGAUCCUCAUGCAGCAGGGGGAGUUCCUCAACUAUGACAUCCUUAUAGGAGUGAACCAAGGAGAGGGGCUGAAGUUUGUGGACGACAGCGAGGACAACGACGGCAUCUCAGCCGCAGCGUUCGACUACACCAUCUCCAACUUUGUGGACAACCUCUAUGGCUACCCUGAGGGCAAAGACAUCCUGAGGGAGACCAUUAAAUUCAUGUACACAGACUGGGCAGACAGGGACAAUGGCGACAUGCGGAGGAAGACCCUCUUAGCUCUGUUUACAGACCACCAGUGGGUGGCGCCGGCCGUGGCCACCGCCAAACUCCACGCCGAGUUUCAGUCCCCGGUUUACUUUUACACGUUCUACCACCACUGCCAGACCGAGACGCGGCCGGAAUGGGCCGACGCCGCCCACGGAGACGAGAUACCGUACGUGUUUGGCGUGCCCAUGAUCGGCGCGACCGAUCUGUUCCCGUGCAACUUCUCCAAGAAUGACGUGAUGUUGAGUGCCGUGGUCAUGACUUACUGGACCAACUUCGCCAAGACUGGGGACCCUAACCUGCCGGUCCCUCAGGACACCAAGUUCAUUCACACCAAGCCCAACCGCUUUGAAGAGGUCAUCUGGACCAAGUUCAACUCCAAGGACAAGCAGUACCUCCACAUUGGCUUGAAGCCUCGCGUUAGAGACAACUACAGGGCCAACAAGGUGGCCUUCUGGCUGGAAUUAGUCCCCCACCUCCAUAGUCUACACGAGGACCUGUUCCCCACUACUACCCGCUCGCCGCCAGGCCCUGGCCCAGGCACCCACAGACCCUGGCCCAGGACACCGGGCCCCCGCACCACCCGUCACCCUUACCCCACCUUCCCCUCUGAUCCGGAGGCUGAGGGUUCGGAGCGUCCUCACCAGGACCUUUUCCCCGGGGACACCCGGGACUACUCCACCGAGCUGAGCGUGACGGUCGCUGUGGGGGCGUCGCUCCUCUUCCUCAACAUCCUGGCCUUCGCCGCCCUUUACUACAAGCGCGACAAGCGGCACGAGAUGCGGCGCCACCGGCUGUCCCCGCAGCGCGGCGGGCCCGCCAACGACCUGGCCCACAGCCAGGAGGAGGAGAUCAUGUCCCUGCAGAUGAAGCACUCGGAGCACGACGCUCACCACGACAUGGAGCCGCUCCGGCCCCACGACAUCCUGCGGCCCGCCUGCCCGCCGGACUACACGCUGGCGCUGCGCCGCGCGCCCGACGACGUGCCGCUGAUGACGCCCAACACCAUCACCAUGAUCCCCAGCACCAUCACCAGCAUGCAGCCUCUUCACGCCUUCAACACCUUCCCCUCAACCGGUCACAACAACACGCUGCCCCAUCCCCACUCCACCACCAGGGUAUAGUAGGGAGUGACUGGCCCUAGGGAGCAGGAAGAACGGAUGGGGGGCCUCCGUUCGGUUCUCUUACUCUCUUGUUCCUCUAAAAAAAACAACCCCAUCUCCUACCUUCAUGUGCUGUCGAACUUAGCAGCUCCACCGGUGGCGGGUAGAGAAGCAACUGAACUGCACGGCAGCAGAUGAUC